GUGGGCCGUCUGUUAUAUUAUCGGUGCAAGUGGAGAUCGCGCUGAGCGGUGGAGGGCGCGCGAUUAGAUUGUUCCGACCUGCAACCUCGGCUCUUUUGUUCGCCGUGCAUGCGAACGGCGUGGGACCGCGCGCGUGCUGAGCGCCAAACAAAACCGUCAAGAAGCUGACAUCGACCGAGCUGGCUGGCGCGCUCUUCGCACAAACAGCUGCAUGCAGACGGCUCGAGAGCAGAAGGUCGGAAGAGUCGACAAUUCCCGGCAUCGCCACUCGACGCAGUUUCCAUCUUGGCGCCCUCCAUGGGCUCCCAUACAGAGUCGAGUUCAGUGUCUCAAGGUGAUGCUGGCAAUACGCCUCCUCCGGUGUCGAGAAAAGAGAAGUGGAAACAUGCAAUCAAGGAGUACGGUAGCGCAAUGGUGGCGUUUCACGUCGUGCUGUCAGUCACAUCCUUCGGCAUCUGUUACCUGCUUGUUUCGAGUGGUGUAGACAUGACAACAGUUGCAGAGAAGCUUGGUUUCAGCAUGGACUCCCAGUGGGUGAAUUCGAAAGUGGCUGGUGGAAGUGGUACACUAGUACUUGCAUAUGCUGUGCACAAACUGUUUACCCCCGUGCGCAUGGGCAUUACUUUAUCGACAACACCGAUGCUUGUGCGAUGGCUGCGGCGCAAUGGUGUUUGGGGAUUCAGGUACUGAGUGGCCAUUAGUGGUUACUUCCACAAUUACUGUGAAACUCCCCCAUCUGCCUCGACGUAACGUUUAUAACUGAAUGGCAGUGAAGGGCCAUGUCUUAAUUUACGGGCGCAGAUAUUUGUAGGUUUACGAUGUUCUUGUUAAACAGCUGUGCUUAGUUGAAUAAAAUGUGAUUUGAAUUAC